AACGUUUGACUUUGAAUUUUGAAAUAUUAUAGUUGUUUACUUCAGAUUCGAACGUGAACAAAGUUUAGUAUUUUGAUUUAUAAAAAGUUUCUAUUCAUUCAAAUCAAGAUGAUUAAAACCAAACCGUGGACUGGUGGUACUGACGAAGAAUAUGAGACACAACAUUUCGGUUUUGGGGCUCAACGCCUUAAAAUAGCUGUGAGACAAAUGGUUGAACAGAAAAUUACUAACGGCGUCAAAGACAUGGAAUCUUAUUUGCAAGAAUCACUGGAUCUUAAUGAAACGGAUAAAUCUACGUUAACAAGGUCAUGUGAUAAGUUGAUUCAUUUGUAUUGUGAGCGUGCGGGACCGUCUUUGGAAGUUAUUGAUGAUGAAAUAGAACGUAUGUUGAAAAUUCCACAAAAUGUUUUGUUGCCUGAUGACGAAGUGCAGGUAGAGCAAACCUCGGAUUCGGAUUUUGAAAAGUUGAAGGAGGAGGUUGCAUCAUUGAGACGGAGAGUCGAAAGAGGCGCAUUGAUGGAGGCUUUAUUAUCUGCUGAAGAAGAGGAGCUUGCUACUCUGGAAAAAGUGUGUGAAACUGCAAAGAAAGACAUGGAGGCUGUCGACCUGCUUUGUAAGAGUGCUGACAAUAGUGAGAGCUUGAAAGCAGUUCAGAGUGAAACACAGUUUUUGUGCGCAAGUGCAUCAUUUUUAAAGAAACAAAAUGAUUUAUUUGAUUAGUGAUUCAAAGUGCUAAGUCUUUUGUGAUACUGGAUACAUUUAAUUAAGUAUCUUAUCAUAUUAGAGCUUAGGAUUUGUAACUUAAGAUCUUUGAACGAACUUGAUGGGACUUAAUCAGUAAGACUUUAAUUCUCGAGUGUAGUCCAAUCUGUUGAUUAUGCAAGCAAGAGCAAGACUACAAAAGUACAGAAUGAGAUACUUUCUUUAACAAAAAGUAGGGUGUAUCUAUGUGUCUCGGUGUCAGUACUAUAGAUUGCUAUUAUAUUGGGUAUUAAACCUCUGUCUAUGCGAAUGGAGAUCUAAGUAUGUUUUUUAUUGUGUCUCGUCUUAUAUUGUGGCAGGUGAGAAGUUAAGAAUGACUAUCAAAUGGAAUGUUAGACUAUGUUAUCUUGACCUAUAAUUAUAAUGAAAUAAAACAUCACAAACAGUCA